AUGCCACACGUUUGUAAGAAAAUUAGUCAUCUAUUUCAUGAAAAUGAAAACGAUUGGGGAUUCGGAAAUUUUAAAUUAUGGUCAGAAGUGGUCGACCCCUAUAACGGCUUUGAAGUGAACGACUGUAUAACUAUAGAAGCCCGUAUCGAAGCUGAGAUACCACAUGGAAUCAAUUGGGACUCCAAGAAACUGACCGGAUACAUAGGAUUAAAAAACCAAGGCGCGACUUGCUACAUGAAUUCCUUGUUGCAGACGCUGUUCUUUACAAACCAGUUCAGGAAAGCUGUCUACCAGAUUCCGUACAAGGGCAUGGAAAGCGUAGCCUUCGCUCUUCAACGUGUGUUUUAUGGACUACAGUUUAGUGACAAACCUGUUGACACUAGGGUCCUAACUAAUUCUUUCGGUUGGAAAACAAGUGAUACAUUGAGACAACAAGACGUUCACGAGUUUUUGAGAUUGUUGAUCGACAAAUUGGAAGGUAUGAUAGAGAAUACACCAAUGAAGGGGACGUUAUCCUAUUUGUUUGAAGGUCAGAUGGUAUCUACGAUAGAAUGUAGAUAUGUAAACUACAAAUCAUCUAGAACUGAAACUUUUUAUGAUAUUCAGCUGAACGUUGUUGGUAAAGAAAACAUAUUGGAUUCUUUGGACGAAUAUGUUGCACCUGAAAUAUUGGAUGGCGAUAAUAAAUAUGAUGCCGGAAACUUCGGCCUUCAAAAAGCGGAAAAGCGAGUAGUGUUUAGUAAAUUCCCUCCUGUUCUCUAUCUCCAUUUGAUGAGAUUCCAUUACGACCCAGUGCGGGAUUGUUCUGUAAAGUGCAACAGCAGGGUGGAGUUUCCAGAAUUACUCAACCUUGAUGGUUAUAUGCUAAAUCCUGAUCCUUCAACCGACAUUUAUUGCCUGCAUUCCGUUCUCGUCCACAGCGGCAACAAUCGUGAUGGACAUUACGUAGUUUAUAUAAAUCCAGAAUUAAGAGGCAACUGGUACAUAUUUGAUGACGAUGUAGUAUGCAGUUGCACUAAACAAGAAGCCAUAAAUGGAAAUUUCGGAGGAGAAACUGCUUCUAAUGACAAGACUGAAGAUGGGGCUAGAAGACACUUCAGGAAUGCUUACGUCUUAGUAUAUAUUCAACAAUCCAAGAUUAAUAGUAUCCUUCAAACAGUGACUGAGAGCGAUAUCCCUGUGGAGCUCCUGAUAAAGUUGCUGGAUAAGAUAAAACUUGAAGAGAUGUAUCCCAAGGAUAAUACGGAUAGCGUUACAGUACAGGUUGUUCUCGAGGACUCCUUUUCUACGCACGAAGGAAAAGACUUGAUCGAUCCUAAAACAACUCGAUUUGUCGGUUUUUCUAUUCCGAAAAAUUUAAUUCUAAAAGAAUUCUUGGAAGGCCUUUGCGAAUUUUUCAAAUAUCCCCUUGAGCAGAUGAGGAUUUGGCCUUUGAAUGAAAACAAUCGACCGACGUUUAUAAAUACAGAAAACAGGUCGAUUAGGUUACAAGUAAAAAACAUACCCGGCUUUAAAAAUCCAUGGAAACUAUUUUUAGAAAUAUUACCACCUGAUCUUGACAUGUCUUCCUUACCACCAUUCGAUUCGAAAAAACAGGCUUUAAUUUUUUUCAAAAUACGUUUACCGAACAUAAAUAAAAUUAUUUAUCACGGUCAUCAUUACGUUCCCAUAUCAUCAUCGGCGGACGAAAUUAUGAACAUUCUGAAUGAGACAGCUGGGUAUCCUAGAAAUACGGGUUGGAAGAUUUAUAUAGAAGUAGACAACCAAACGCUGAGCAACGUAAAAGCAACAAGAAAAUUUGUUUUGCAGAAUGGUGAUGUUAUGAUUUUCCAAAAAUUGAAUGAUAAUUCGGAAAACGGAAUACAAUUGAAAGAACUGUGCGUUGCUAUCACUGUCAGGUUACACGAUGUUACUAUACCAAAUAGUUCAAGUUUCAUUAUGAGAACCUAUAGCAAUGUUUCAUUUGAAUCCUUUCUUCAUGAAGUUGCCAUGAAACUGAAUACAGAACCAAACAAAAUUCAGCUGUUCUUACCUGACAAAAGUACUGGAGAACCGGGAAUUCUUCUGGAAUUGUGUAAUUUCAACAUAAAUGACCUUUUUGAAGCUUCUGGAGAGCCAAAAACAAGAAAAAUUUAUUACAAGUGCCUUAAUGUACUAACACCCGAAGAUAAACAAUCACCGAAGCGGCUUCGAGAGAGUUCUAAAGAACCAAGAAAAAGUAUAGUUGAAACAAAAAAUGAAUAG